GUUCCUCUGCUUGUCCUCUACACAGUGCAGUAGGGAAGUCUUGCCAGUAGGAAUACUGGGACAUAGGCUGACUUGCUGUUUUUUAUUUCUCUCAUUGAGUCAUGGUUCCUUCUGGGCUUCACGUUUGGAGAUGGAUACUGUUCGCCUGCUUUCACUGGCUUUGUGUCUGUCAAGAAACUCCUAGACCGGUUUACAUGGUAGCCAUUCCUGCAGUGAUCCAGGCAGGCUCAGAGGCCAAGCUUUGUGCCAGUCUUCUGCAGCCCAACGAGACCCUGGUCAUGACCAUAUCUCUGAUUGUUGAUGAGCAGAGCARAAUUCUUCUCCAAGAGAGUUCUGACCAAGAGUUUCACCGCUGCUUCCAGUUUCAGGCCCCUCAUGUGGAGAGUGAGGAAGUGCAAAACUUUAAGGUGGAGGUUCGAGGUGAAACGUUUCUAUCGACAGAGGAGAGAAAGGUCAUGAUCAAACCGUACAUCCCGAUGACAUUCAUCCAAACGGAUAAACCAAUCUACAACCCAGGACAAACAGUGCAGUUUAGAGUGAUAUCCUUGGAUACCAAUUUUAGCCCUGUCAAUCAGCUGUACAAUGUUGUGGAACUUGAGGAUAUUCAUCAGAACAGGAUUGGACAGUGGGUCAAUACAUCAUCUAGUGGCAACAUUCUGCAGCUUUCUCACCCGCUGAACUCUGAAGCACCUGUAGGAUCCUAUGCUAUUGUAGUGUGGAUUGGUGAUAACAAAAUACACCAUCACUUCAAGGUWAAAAAAUAUGUUUUGCCAAAGUUUGAGAUCAAAAUGAACCUCACCGAUGAGAUCAGCAUUGUUCAAGAGGAGUAUAAAGUAGAAGUGUGUGCAACAUACACGUAUGGACAGCCUGUACCUGGAAAAGCAGAGGUAGAGUUGUGCCGACUUUUAAGGAACGAUGUAUUGAUAUCAAUGAGAUUUGAUGUGAAAACUCAACAAGGAGUUCCUGAUUAUACAGCCCCCUGCCACAAAGAGUCAAUAGAGAUGGACCAAACUGGCUGUGCUUCUCAUGUCUUCAACAUGUCCAUUUUCACAAAGAAUGCCGRACAGAAAAUGCUCAUAGACAGGCUGAGUUUUAAUGCAAAAGUAGAGGAGGAGGGGACAGGUAKUACACGGUCAGAGGAAAAACACAUAGCGCUCUCCUAUGUGAUUGGAAAACUCACGUUUGUCGACACACCCAAAAUCUAUGAGCAUGGAUCAAUUAUCGAGGGCAAGAUAAACGUUGUUCACUUCAACAACACACCUAUCUCUGACAUGUUAGUCUACCUGUUGGAGAAGAAAGGCUGGUCCUCACAUCGUCUCCAGAACCUAACCACGGACAGUCAUGGUAUUGCCAGUUUCUCCCUCAACACAACCACUAUGCCCAAAGAGGAUAUUAACCUCAUAGUAAGCAACACACCAGAAGCGGAAGAAACUAGAUACAGGGUCCCCUAUUUCAACAGUGGGCAACACAUACUCUCACUGAUCCAGCCCACUGCCCCUCACAGUAAAACUUCCAGCUCUCUGGCUAUUCAGAAGAUAGAGAAACCACUGGCAUGUGAGGAAGUGUCAAUCACCAUCCAGUACGCUAUCGUAGGGGAGACCGUCCCAAAGGGCUCUGUGGAUGUCAUCUACCUGGCCUUAUCCAGAGGGGCGAUACUUCAGCAUGGACAUAUGAAGGUUACUGUACAGCAGGGGAGUCCUGGCCUACUUACAGGUGAAGUCACCUUGAAGUUGGCAGUGGUUCCAGAGAUGGCGCCGUUGGUACAGGUCCUGGUGUACAGUUUGCUACCCAGCGAGACUGUAAUCGCCCACAGCAUGAAUUUCCCCACUGAGAAAUGCUUCAGACACAAGGUGUUUGUGGAGUUCUCACCCUCACAAGCAGUCCCAGGGGAGAAGAAACCGCUGCAGCUCUCGGCCCAGCCCGGCUUCCCUCUUGGCCUCAGCACUGUGGACAAGAGGUGUUCACAAUCAUGGAGCCAGGGAAGAGCUGGAUCUGACAGGUAACAACUCACUGAAAUAUUUGAUUUGUUACCAGUCAAGGAGACAACAUACAUUCCCUACCAGCUUGAAGAUCCAGUGUCAUGUUUACGUGUAAGACCAAGGAGAUAUGUAAUACCAUACCCAGGACCAACUGACCAAAAAAAUGAACCUUUUCAAAACCUGGGACUGAAGCUGGCAACUAACCUGGUUAUAAGAGUACCUUCCUGCCUAAGUUACAAGGGGAACGAGUACCAUCGCUAUGUAGUAUCCUACAGACACUCCUCUCACCCUAUAGCCAUGGACAGCCUUUUAAGGGGUGAAGCUGGACUUCCUGGAAGAUACGGAGCCCCUCUGCCACCCAUACAGACAGUCCGUACGUUCUUCCCCGAGACAUGGAUAUGGGAUCUUGUGGAAGUUGGGGAAUCUGGAACACUAGACAUUCCCCUUACAGUCCCAGACACCAUUACCACCUGGGAGACAGAGGCAUUCUGCCUGGCCCCUGGCGGCUUCGGUCUGGCUCCUCCUGUGGAGAUCACUGUCUUCCAGCCUUUCUUCCUAGAGCUCACCCUGCCCUACUCCAUCAUCCGUGGAGAGCAUUUUGAGCUGAAGGCCACUGUGUUCAACUACCUGUCCAAGUGCAUCAUGGUUUCUGUGACUCCGGCUCCUUCCUUAGACUACACUCUCACACCCCUGAAUGAUGUCCAGUAUUCAUCAUGCUUGUGUGCCAAUGGACGAAAGACCUUCAGUUGGACAAUGGCACCCUCAGUCCUGGGGGAUUUGAAUGUGUCCGUUAGUGCAGAGGCUGUCCAGUCCCACACUGCAUGUGACAAUGAGAUUGUGAACGUACCAGAGAGAGGACGCAUCGACACAGUCACAAAGAGCCUGCUGGUGAAGGCRGAGGGAACAGAGAAGACCGACACCUACAACUGGUUGCUGUGUCCAACUGGAGAAGCUCUGACAGAGGAGGUGGAACUGCAACUCCCCAAGAAUGUGGUGGAUGGAUCUGAUCGAAUUUCUCUCUCAGUCCUGGGGGACAUCCUGGGUCGGGCCCUCAAGAACCUGGAUGGACUGCUGCAGAUGCCGUAUGGGUGUGGAGAGCAGAAUAUGGCCCUCCUYGCCCCCAAUAUCUACAUCCUGGAGUACCUGAGGAACACAAAGCAGCUCACGCCAGCCAUCCUAGACAAGGCUACCAAGUUCCUCACUAGUGGUUACCAAAGGCAGCUGAACUACAAGCAUUAUAAUGGUGCAUACAGCACAUUUGGACAAGGCUCGGGGAAUACUUGGCUGACUGCUUUUGUCUUGAGAUCCUUUGGCAAAGCACAGUCUUUCAUUUAUAUUGACCCGGCGAAAAUUAAAGAGUCCACGACAUGGUUGGAAAGUCAGCAAGGCAAACAUGGGUGUUUCGUCAGAUUGGGGAAACUCUUUAAUAACAGAAUGAAGGGUGGGGUGACAGAUGAAGUCACGCUGACGGCCUACAUCACUGCUUCAAUGCUGGAGCUCAAUAUGUCAGUGUCGGAUCCUGUUGUGUACGGCAGUUUGUCUUGCCUGAAGAACUCCACCAGUGAUUUGUCCAACACCUACACUACUGCUCUGCUGGCCUACACCUUUACCCUGGCAGGGGACAUGGAGACUCGGGCCCAACUUCUGCAGCACCUGGACACGGUCGCAUUACAAGAGGGGGGUCUCCUGCACUGGACUCAGACCUCCUCAGAGACUUCAGCCUCCCUGGCAGUGGAGAUCAGCUCCUACGUUCUGCUGGCUUCCCUCAGUGCCUCCCCUCUGUCUGCCACUGACCUGGGCUACGCCUCCCGCAUCGUCAGGUGGCUGGUGAGACAGCAGAACGCCUACGGAGGCUUCUCUUCCACACAGGACACAGUGGUGGCCCUCCAGGCCCUGGCUCUCUACUCCACCAGGGUGUUCAGUAGAGAGGGCACCAGCACAGUGACAGUACAGUCUCCCAGCGGGGGACAGCACCUCUUUGAAGUUAACAAAAACAACAAGCUUCUCUACCAGGAGAGUGCGCUGCAGGACACAGAAGGGAAGUACACGGUGGAAGUGAAGGGCAGUGCUUGUGCCUCAGUGCAGGUGGCGCUCCACUACAACAUCCCUACUCCUACUGACAGCACAACGCUCAGUAUCCAGGUGAAGACAGAGGUGGACUGCAACAGCAACUCUUUGAGGCCCAGAGUCACGCUGAAACUCCAGUCUCAAUAUCAUGGAAAGGAGCUGACCACCAAUAUGAUUAUAGUGGAUUUGAAAAUGCUGUCUGGGUUUGCUCCAGACCCAGAGUCUUUGGGGAGRCUGUCGGGUUCACUUCUAGUGGAUCGUGUCGAUACUAAAGAUGAUCAUGUGUUAAUGUACUUGAGAGAGUUACCAUCACUAUUGCCUUUCAACCACACCCUGGACAUCAUACAGGAGCUCCCAGUACAAAAUCUAAAGCCAGCGGUGGUCAAGAUCUACGACUACUACCAGCCGAGUGACCAGGCAGAGACAGAAUAUGUCUUCCCUUGCAAGUAGGGGUUACAAACUGCUGUCCUAUUUUAAAUCUAUAAUUAUUGGUGAUGUUGAAUUAUUAGUAAUUUUAUUUUGCUGGCCUGACCGUUAUACUAUAUGUAAWAUUCCUUUAUUAAUUUACCUAAAUGCUGGCUAUUUUGUUAUUAGAGAAUUCUUUACAUGGACCUAUUCAUUGUAUUUGCCGCUUUGAAGAUGUAAGAAGAAAAUUACAUUAACAGAGGUCACACAUGCAACCCUUGAGGCAUCUUUCAAGCUCUAAAGUAAAGGAUGUAAAUUACUGGAAUUAAAGUUUUUAAUU